AUGGCAAGCAUCGGCAUAAGAUUUUUUAAUAUACGUACUCAGGCAAUGCACGGACACAAGGGACAUUAUUCUUGUUCUCUUUGGAUCCCACGGCCUGUGUUUUCACCGGAUGAGAAGGCCGUCCUACACUUUAAUGACGAAGGGACUAUCGUACGAGAUGGUGCUGCUGUGAAGGUAAUGAGUGUGUUGGAAGCCUCAGGGCAGCCAAAAGGGAUCGCGUUCUUGCCAGAUGGGCGAUACUUUGCGGUCAUUACAACGGAAGGAAUGUUAGAAAUGUCCAAGGCUGUCACUAAGCUACUGGAUGAGUAUGACUAUACCAUUGUCCCUCGAUCCCCGACGUCACGACUGCAUGUAUUUUCCAAAGCGCGCCAUGAGAAGUACCACUGUGUGGUUUUCGCAGAGCGAAAUACACUUUUCCCUUCGAAAGCGUACAAUGCUAAGCCUGAUUUCGAAUCAAGAUCACUGCAAAGCAGCUAUGGAGGAAGUAUUUGCCAGCAGGCUCACGCGAUGUGGGCACACAGGACAGUGCAGUUGCAAUGGGUUUAUCAGUGCAACGAUUACCUACACUUUGCAGCCGCAUGUCAACCACGGAUCAACCACUCAUUAUGGAACUCACACCGACGACCAACGAAUCCGAUGAACACACUCGAGCCACGGGCUUGA